CUAUAGAAAUUAUUAGUAAAAAAAAAACGAAGCACAAAUCCCAAGAAAAAAAAAACAAACAAUUCAAUUACCUCUUCCAUGUUUCCAUUUUUCCGUUACGUUCGGCGCCCUUUGUCGCUGUUCAUCUUCCUGGCCGCUCUUCCGCUCUCCCCCGCCAUCGAUUCGCCGCCGGAUGUUCACCCUAACAACACAUGGAGCCUCUUCGCGCGCUUUCUCGACGCCGAGAAAGGCAGCCGAGUGGACGGCAUGGCCGAGCUCAAGCGCUACUUGAGCCGCUUCGGCUAUCUCCCGGUCGCGACGAAGAAGAUAGGUUUCGACGAUUUUUUCGACGAGGAAUUGGAGAAGGCUUUGAUUUUGUACCAGGAGAAUCUAGGUCUAUCGGAAACGGGAAAACUCGACCACGAGACGAUGAGAGCAAUCGUUAAGCCGAGGUGUGGAGUGCGCGAUUUCAAAGCCGGCGGGAAACGGCUGAAGGCGGCGAGGAAGUUCGCUUACUUCGUCGGCGAUCCGGUGUGGAUGCGUUCGCCUCCUUUUCUGCUAACCUACGCCGUCUCGCCGGCGAACACGAUUGACUACGUGAGCCUGUCAGAGGUCCGGAAGGCGUUCAGAAGAGCGUUUGCGUCGUGGUCGGCUGCGAUUCCGGUUAAUUUCACGGAGGCGGAGGACUACGCGUACGCUGACAUCAGGAUCGGGUGGUUCCACGGCGACCACGGCGACGGCGAGGCCUUCGACGGCGUGUUGGGGGUGCUAGGGCACGCCUUCGCUCCAGAGAGCGGGAGGCUGCACCUUGACGCGGCGGAGCGGUGGGCGGUGAACUUCGACGCCGAUUACUCCGACGUGGCGGUUGAUUUGGAGUCGGUGGCGACGCACGAGAUCGGCCACGUGUUAGGGUUGGCGCACUCGUCGGUGAAGGACUCCAUUAUGUACCCGAGCUUGAGUCCGAGGACCAAGAAAUUGGGGCUCCGCAAGGAUGACGUGGACGGUAUUCAGUCGUUGUACGGGUCGAACCCGAAUUACAGGUACAACUCUCAGUUUGAAUCCGACAUGUCAUCGGGUCGGGCCAGCCGCUUGCAGAUGAUGCCGCCAUUAAUGGCGUUAAAUGCCCUGAUUAGUAUAGCAAUUUUUAUUUAUUUUUUCUGAUCUUGUACCCAUAAUUUAGAAUUUAAAAAUUGUAUAUACAAAGGCAAGUCAAUAUAUAUAUAUAUACACGUACAUAAAUAUUCAAAAUGUUUACU